AUGACUCGUAUUCUACUCACUGGUGGAAGUGGCUUCAUUGCCGCUCAUGUUCUUGAGACUCUACUCGCUCGUGGCCAUUCGGUCGUGACAACCGUUCGCUCCCAACAAAAGGCCAAUGCCAUUCUCCAGGCGCAUCCGGAACUAGGAAGAGAUCGUCUGGACUGUGCUAUUGUGGAAGAUAUUGCGCAUAUGAAUGCAUUCGACCAAGCGGUUGUCUCAGAUCCACCUUUUGAGGCUGUCCUGCACACGGCAAGUCCGUAUCACUUCAAUGCUAAAGAUGCAAAGACGGAACUGUUGGAUCCAGCUAUCAUCGGGACUACUGGUAUCUUGAAGUCAAUACAGAAAUACGCCCCGACGGUCAAACGGGUAGUAGUGACAUCCUCUUUUGCGGCGAUUAAUGACGUUUAUGCAAAGGCUGCUGGCAAAGUUUACUCAGAGGCCGAUUGGAGCCCCAUCACCGAAGCUCAAGCCUAUGAAAGUCCCGCCAAUGCCUACCGCGCUAGUAAGACCUUUGCAGAACGCGCCGCCUGGGAAUUUGUCGAAAGAGAGAAGCCGGGGUUCAGCCUCUCCGUCAUAAACCCGCCGCUCGUUCUGGGCCCUAUUGCACACGACCUCGCCUCUCUAAGCGCCCUGAAUACAUCUAACCAAAGAAUCCGUGAUCUAAUUUCGGGGGCGGCCAAAGACCGCUGUCCGCCAACGGGAAAUUAUGGCUUUGUCGAUGUUCGCGAUCUGGCUCUGGCGCAUGUUCUCGCUGCGGAGAAGGAGGAUGCGGGUGGGAAGCGCUUUUUCACUGUAUCAGGCCAUUUCUCGAAUAAGGAAAUUGUAAGGAUUAUCGGCGAGGAGUUCCCUGAGUUCCGUGAUCGAUUGCCCACCGGCGAUGCUUUGAUCCCUGGGGACUAUCCGGCAGAUGGAGUAUAUGGCUUCGAUAAUAGUCGGGCAAAGAACAUUCUGGGUGUCAAGUUUCGCUCGCUGAAAGAGUGUAUAGUAGAUGCGGUAAAGAGUUUGGUGGCUUUCGACACUGAAUUGACUAAAUGA